CCGGCCAGCGCUAGUCUCAUCUUCGGCGAAGAGAACAGCUUUCAGGCGCUAGCAAACUGAAAAUGGCACGGGGAAGCAGCAGCAGAAAACUGGCUGAGCACGGCCUCCUCUUGGUUUUCCUGAUGCUGCUGCAAGGUGGCGUCAAGCAGGCGGCGGCGCAGCCAAGAGAGUGGUACGUCGGCGACCAGAAGGGCUGGACCUUCGGCGUCAUGGGGUGGCCUAACUUCAAGCCUUUCAGGGAAGGCGACGUGCUCGUGUUCAACUACGACCCUGCGAUGCAGAACGUGAUAAGGGUGGACGACUUCGGGUACGGAACCUGCACUAGGCACCCUUUCUACUCGACGGUGUACAACUCCGGCCAUGACCGCAUCAGGCUCCCCCGCGGCCAGAUCAGCUUCAUCUCCGGCGUUUCGGAGAACUGCUACAAAGGGGGCGUCAAGAUCUCACUCACUGUCAGGCCGUAACAAAUCCAGCUCCUUCGAAUGUAUCUCGUGCAUUAAUUGAUCGACGCGGACCGCGUACGCUCGAUUUUUGUCACGAUCUUCCUUGAGAAUAAGUGAUGAUACAGAAUGUAAGGAUGGUUGUUGGGACAUGGAGCAUGUAAUCCCGACCUCCAGUCAUCCCGGAUAAACACUAAAUCCGAAAAAACAGUAACUAAUUUAAAAAAAUCAAAUUUUAGAAGAAACAUUGAUGUUUUUUAAUAUGCAUGCAAAUUUUGAUGAUGGAAUG